AUGGCAGAAGUCAGCCUAAUUGGCACGAUCACCGGCGUCGCCCGCGCGGGCGUCAAGCUGUCCAUUACCCUGUACAGCUUCUCGGAGACCGUGGCCGCCACGCCCGCCGAGGUCAAGAACCUCGCCCGAGACGUGUCGCUGACGGCCGCGGUGCUGGAAGAGCUUGGUGCGAACCUCAAACAGGAUGAUGACCAGGCCAGGUUGUUCUCGGACGCGGCCGUGCAGAAGGCCAAUAACGUCGUGGCCGAGUGCGAGGGCGUCUUCAGGGACAUUGACGCCAUGGUCGCCAGAGCCAUAGAGAGUGCGUCGAAAGACGGUCUGAAGGGGGACGGCGGCAAGCUGGCCCCAUCCACCCUGGACAGGCUCAAGUGGCCCUUUCCCCAGCCCAAGAUGGAGGUCCUGCACGGCAAUUUGGACCGACUCAAAAGCACAUUCGUGCUGAUGUUGAAUGUCUUGAUGUACGCCAGGGAUUUGAGGGCCGAAAAGAAGACCCCGUCCAAAGACGACAACGGCAACGACAGCUAUCAGAGAACGCUGCUCGAAAAUCUGUUUCGAGCGAACGAAGAAGCCACCAGGAAUUACCAACACCUCCUUAAGGCCGUCGGAGCCCAGGAUGAAACGGUUCUGCGAGGACAAGCGCAAACAGAACACUCGGAUCCAGUGACUGCGCAGCCUUUAGCUGGUGGGGAAACGUCUCCCGUCGAGGCCCCGUCCAUUGCGGCGGCCAAAGACAUAUCCUCAGGUCAAACUGUCGCUAGGCCAAACUCUGAAGUUUUGCCUCCUCAACAACCCGGAAUGCUCGGGUUGACCACGAGAAACUGCCUCAAGCGUAUCGAAAGCGCAUUGCUUCAAUUCGAACAGGCAGGUGCCGCAGAGACUCAUGGUUCGCGGGUGCGCGUCGAUAUCGAAGUGGAGAAAGACUUCGUCUACUCUCGCGACACUGUACGAAUUCCGACCCCAUGGGUGGUUUUGUCCAUUGUUCGCAAAGACCAAGCGUGGCCUGAACACGACGCCACUCCUUCAAACCUCGAUUCGGACGACCUAGACAUGUACGCCAGUGUUGCAGCGGGAGCAAUCGAGAGCAUUGGCAUGGAGGAGGAGACCACAACUUUCGUUCAACACCCUCCGUAUCGACAUAGGAAGGUUGUCAGUACACUUCCUGUUUCGGAAAACACUCAAGCCCUAGAUCUUUCAGUGGGAGUACAAAGAAGACCUAGCAGAAAACCCUGGUAUUCGUCUGUUUGGGAAUCCCUACCUUCGCCGACGGCAGCGAUGGGUUCUAUCCAAGAGACGGUGAAGAACUCUGGUCUUUUCUUCGGGGUGGAGGAGGAGUCGGAAAAUCCAGACAACGUCCUCGAAUACAACAAACCCGGAGACGGUGAUGCUGGUGCGUCCCAACCAGCCGAGUCAGGGGGGCCUAAAUUCGCGAGAGCUCCGACCUUCGAUGAUAUCCUGAAGCCUCCCUCCAGUCGAUCUACACUUCCUGUGGGUUCAGACAUAAACUUGGAGAGCACUCAUAAUUCAGAUACAAGACCUCCCCCGCCAGAGGCAGCUGCGAAAGAGGAACCAGCGGAACAGGACUUGCCAAGUGCACAAGCAACCGUGACGAGAACGGAUGAAUCCUUGAAAGAAGCAGCAGGCUCCUCCGCCGAGAACGCAGUAGCCAAAGAGGAGUUGGCUGAUCAAGGGGAAUCAAAUGCGAUCGAUCAGCUGCUGAGACAAUGGACGACACUGUAUGACGAUCAGUAA